AGUUUACAUCUGACCGUCACGUGUUUGGGUUUGAUUUACACGCUAGUUUCGCUCCUCACAUGUUUCAGUUGCAGUGAAUAAAAUAUUCGCGCUCGACCGAUUGCCCGCAUUUAGAACAAUGGACAUCCGCGAUCGCGAUUCGGACAGCGACGAUCAGGAGGAUUUCCAGGACGCCGAGGACGCGCCGAUCACCGCCUCGGUGUCCCUGAAUCAGGCGUUGGAGGAGAGCCACAAAGCCAUCGAUUACUUCUUCAACAACCAAUUCAGGGAGGCGAAAAGCUUGAUGACGCCGUACGCGAACAUCAGCAUGUAUCAUUCGCUGGGGCACUCGGUGUUUCUGUACAUGGAAGCCGUGCUAACGUUCGAGCGGGAAGCCAUCAAACGCGCGUCGGUCGCUCUGAAAUCCUCUAUGAGCGUGUGCAAUCGCUUUAGGAAGAAAACGACGUUCGGCGAGUCGCUGGGAAAGGUGGUGAGAAGAUCGAAUUACGAAUUAUACACGCAAACUGAGGCGCACGCUGAGCUCUGUCACGCCGAGGCGAUGCUGCUCAAAUCGACGCUCACGUUCAUUGAGGACGAAACGUUGGCCAGUUUCAUCAAAGCCGGGAUAAAAAUCAGGUCUUGCUUCAAUUCGUAUAAAGAUUGCCACCAGAUCCUGCUCAACAGGAAUUGGGAAAAGGACCCUACGAAGGAGCACUUCGAAGGGGGCGUCCGCGUCGGCAUCGGCGUCUUCAAUCUCAUGAUAUCCAUGCUGCCUUCGAGGGUGAUCAGAUUAUUGGAAUUCAUAGGAUUCUCCGGCAACAAGCAGAAAGGACUGAACGAACUUACUAUCGGCUGUGAAACGGAAGGUCUUAGGCAAAUCUUGUGUAUUAUGGCUGUGCUAGCUUACAAUUUAGUCGUUUUACCAGUGCUUAGUCAUCGAGAAGGUGACACGAAACUCUGUCGCGAUAUAAUCGAUAAAAGACUGCUGAAGCACCCGAAAAGCGUGUGGUUCCUGUUUUUCAAAGGCAGGCUAGAAUUCCUGCAAGGUAAUAUGGACGAGUGCAAAAAUUGGUACGUAAAAUCCUGGAAGUCCCAAGACGUUUGGCCGCAAUUCCAUCACAUAUGCUACUGGGAACUCGUGUGGGUGCAUUCGCUCAAUAUGGAAUGGAAGCAAGCCGUUUACUACAGCUCCCAAUUGGUAGAACACAGCAGAUGGUCGCGAACGAUGUACAGUUACCAAAAAGCAGCCUUGCUGUGCAUGAUGAAGGACACUUUAACCUCUUCGGAAAAAGAAGAAAUCGAUAAGCUAAUGAGAGACGUGCCGAAAUAUAAACAAAGAAUCGCCGGGAAAUCAAUACCGAUGGAGAAAUUUGCUGUAAAAAAGGCAGAAAGGUAUUUUUCCCAGAACAGGAACCUACUCAUCCCGGUAGUGGAGCUAAUGUUCCUGUGGAACAUGUUCAAAAUCUUCAAGAACUUCUCGGUGGGCGCGAAGAUACUGAAACUUAUCGAAAAAGCUGCGACCAAUUUGGACUCUGGCGAUAAAUCUUGCCGGUACUACAACGACAAUAAGGCUUUGCUUUUGCUUUUGCAAGGAGCCUGUUUGAGGCAAAUGGGCAGCCCUUUACAGGCUCUAAAUUGCCUCGAAACUGCUAUAUCCAUGAAUAAAUCCAUCAUAGAAGACAGUUACAUCGUACCUUACGCUAUAGUCGAACUGGCUCUAGUCGAGUGGUACAACGGUAAUUGUCAGAAAGCUAUAUUAGCUCUGGAGGAUGCUAAGAAAAAUUACACGGGUUACUCGCUUGAGUCCAGACUGCAUUUUAGGAUACACACCGCUCUAACUGACUUCAAAUCCGAGAUGAAACGCUCGUGAAUUAUAAAUAAUUAUGUAUUUAUUAAUUGCAUAAUAUCACAGAUUACUAAUCACGUUUAUUACAGCAUGAAUAGGUUGUAGGUGUUUUGCAUUGGAGCUUCUAGUUUUUUUUAAACAUUUGUUGAUAACUAUAGAUACCUACAACAAAUUAAUCUUGAUUAUAAUGAAAAAAAUUGUGGAUAAUUAGUAGUCGGUGAUUAUGCAAAUAAUUGAUGAGGGUGUGGAAUUGUAAAUAGUUUAACUCGAGUUUAUAAUUGGUUAUGUUUUUAUUGUUGGAUACUGUGGAAUCGGGAUUUUUCAAAGCGUCCUUAUAAUUGGAACAUAUUUACCAAAUAUAAGUAUUAAAUACUAUGGGAUGGCUGUGUCUAAAUAAUGUUACUUAAAGCUGUUUCACGUUGAAAAAAUUAUCUGUUUUAUUAAUUUAUUGUUUAAUCUGUACUGUCAAUGUUUAUUACUUUAUCAUUUAUAUUUUUUGUGAUUUUACUUAACUAACGAAAAUGGAUAUUUUUCGAUAAUCAAAAAUGCCGCCUUCAUUUUUCGUGAUAUAUUUUUAGAAUUUCCUAUUUAUUUUGCCUGUACAAUUUUCUUGCCUUGUUCUUUUCACGACAUACAAAACGUAUAAAUAAUUUAUAUCCUAAAA